CUCAUCCGUUCAGUUGUUGUCGGGGCGUUUUGGUGAGAGGAGGUGCACGCGGCUCGCUCCACGCCAGCCCUCACUGACUUGCCUCCCACACUACGCUUCCCCUCUGGAUUACGCACGCCGCUUCUGUCUGUCCGCCGUCCCAUGCGUCACAGUAGUGCAUGAGUGACGCCAGGGCAUCCAUGGACACAGUGUCACUCGCCUGGAUGUGUUAUUCCUUCACCCGUCACACUUUACUGAAGUUUUGUUAAGUUUACUGAGUUUCAUCAACGGCUCCUCUUGGAACUUUUUUUUAAUCACUACUUGGAUCCUCGUCGCCUGAAACCUCAAGAUGUGGCGGAGAGAGCGGACUGAUUGCUUCGCUCUUAGGGUGUGCGUGAUGGCGGUGGCGGCGAGCGGAGGAAUGGCCACACUGGAGAUGGCCAGGAUCCGGCGAGAGGGCGGCACCAUCAUCACCUCCUCCACGCUUGGUUGGGGACACGUGGACGGCGGCAUGUUUGUGCCGUACGCAGUGCCAAUUACUGAGGAUGACCCAGCAACUGUGUGGUGCCGCGCGGAGAAGCACGGCACCUGGGUGGCGGGUUCCAUGCAUGGUGGUACCUGCACCGUGCCUUUCCUCGGCUCUGUGCUGCAUAUGACCGACAACUUCGAGGUGCUAGUGUCCCUCAACGGAUCAUCGCGCGUCAAGUACGAGGCCUGGGACCGAUACUUGGCGCCGCCACACAACGCUGUUGGCGCGGAGGCGAGCCGCUUCCUGGCAAUGAACCAGCAUGAUGAUGGCUUCCCGCAAGCUGGCUACUUGUCGCCCGAGGACCGCCGCGCUUUCCUGAUAGAAGGUGCUCACGUGGAUACAGUGGACGCCGCCAUGGUGCUGGUGGAAGAUCAGCCGGUGCGGUAUGAUUUGCGGGCCGUCAACCUGGACACCAGCCGCAUCAGCGUGACCCACGAAGAGAAGGUGCUCGCUGAGGCCAAACUCCUUAACCCAGGUCCGUCGCGGCAGCAUGUGGUGGAGGAGCGGGAGGUGGAAGUGACGCAGUUGGUGUACUGGGGCCAGCUCAAGGGAACUUACACUGGCCUGGAGGCACACGUGGUGUCCGCCCCACCUAGCAUGGAGGAGCGAGACCUCACCUGGGGCGUGCAGAAUGAGCUGGACAGCUUGCACAGGGAGCUGCUGGAGUACACUUUGCCCCCAGGCACAGGUGUGUGGGUCAAGAUGAUUGGCACGGUGCGCAAGACGGAGGCACCGUACUCAGGCACGCUGACUUCCGUGUACAAGGACGGCAGUCAGUCGUCCCGCGUGGUAGAGGGCCUGCACAUGGACCAACGCCUAGUCAAGCUGCACGCUGAGUACUCCUCGCCUUACUUCCUCUUCAACAACACCAAGCUGGACAUCCCCGAGAAGGUGUCGGUGCUCUACAAAUCCACCACCACCACCACCACCACCACGACCACCACUACCACCACCACCACCCCAUAUCCACCCAAGGUAUCCAUGGUUGGCCAUGAGAAGCCUAAGAGUGACUCCCUCAGCACGACAUCUCAGCAGGAGGUCGCGGUCGGCAUGCAGGACGGCGCGGGCUGCUUGACCCCUCCCGCCGUGGCCCUGAUGACUCUCCUAGCCCUAGUGGCCCGUGAAGCCGCCCUCCCCUGAGGGGCAAGAGCCGACUACUGCUGCCUCUCCUGCUGGGCCCCCUCUCAGCAUGCAAUAUUGUACCGCUACCGAGGCGUCCCCGCAGCUGCCGCAGACGCCUCCUGCUGUUCGUGAAUACCGAUGUGUUGUGAGGCGAAGACGCCACCGGACUGUCGGGGAUGGCUUCCCCCUUCCCCUAACGAAAAUAAGGACCCCCCAGCCCUGCCUGCUCCCUGCCUGCUUGUUCUGUCUCUCGCGCUACUAACAGCAGGCAUGGCUUGCGGGGUCCUGCUGUAUGGUUCACCUAUUACCGAAGCUUUGUCAAAACUAACCAUUGACAUGAAAGAGAGCGAGAGAGAGAGAGAGAGAGAGAGAGAGAGAGAGAGAGAGAGAGAGAGAGAGAGAGAGAGAGAGAGAGAACACGCAAGCAGGUUUGCAAGCGCGUUCACAUCUAUGUCAGUUCGGAUGUGUGUAAAUACUCAAUGUACAGUUAUGGUUGUAUAUUAAUGAUAACAAUGCACUUCUCUAUAACCUCCAUGGCUACUACUACCAACACCAACUAACAGUAUACACAACUAUAUACAACUUCUACUAUCAAUUACGUGAUUACAGUCUAUAAACACCAAAAGUGUCUGUGACGAUCCUCUGAACUCCCUCUUUAUGCACAGCACCAAGCACACACACACACACACACACACACACACACAUAUCUACCUUCUUUCCCAUGUAUCCUACGCCUUCCAGAUGUACUAAAGUGUCCUGUAGUGUGUAAGUGCUUAUGUGUUGUUGUCGUCGUCGUCUAAUGUGUCUCUGUGUGUGUGUGUGUGUGUGUGUGUGUGUGUGUGUGUGUGUGUGUGUGUGUGUGUGUGUGUGUGUGUGUGUGUGUGUGUGUGUGUGUGUGUGUGUGUGUGUGUGUGUGUGUGUGUGUGUGUGUGUGUGUGUGUGUGUGUGUGUGUGUGUGUGAGACGCAAAACGAUGAGUAAGUAGGUGAGCGAAGACAGAGGGAAAUAAACAAACCGACAGAUAGAGAAAUAUACAAACAAGCAAACACACAAACCGACAGAGAGACAAACAGACGGACAUAUAAACACACACACACACACACACACACACACACACACACACACACACAGUAAGGUGAAGUGAAGGUCAUCGCUCAUUGCUCACUCAUGUUGAUCUGUCUCGACUGUAACAAUGAGAGAGAGAGAGAGAGAGAGAGAGAGAGAGAGAGAGAGAGAGAGAGAGAGAGAGAGAGAGAGAGAGAGAGAGAGAGAGAGAGAGAGAGAGAGAGAGAGAGAGAGAGAGAGAGAGAGAGAGAGAUCAAAGUUGGUUGGGUCACAGACUUUACUCUUUGUACCUGUCAAUAUAAUAAAGGUAUUGACUGUCAUCGGGAACUUUCAAUUUGUUGCUCUCCACCUGGCUUGCUUCCUUCCUUGCUUCCUUCCUUCCUUCCUUCCAUCUUUCCUUCCUCUUCCUCCUCUUUCUCCUCCAUUGUGAGACAAGAGAAAU